CCGUCUCUCCCUCUGCCUCAACCCUCCAUAGGGAGCGACCUCCUCGCUUCUCCUCUCCUCUCCAGCCCUGAACACGGAGAAGCCUAGGCAGAGGCACGUUGAGGGGGGGGACAAAUUAAAUAAUACGACCUGCCCCUGGUAGCUGUACCGGGUUAGUUCGAAGCCGUGGCGUCCGGAGUUGGAAAAAACAUGCGGCGGCGGCUCAGGCGGCAUCCUGACGGACCAGGAGCUGGGAUUCGCCCAUUAGCCUGUUAGCUAACGGAGGGAGCGGUGAACUUCCGAGCUAACGCGAGCGGUUACAAAUGAAACUCUACCUCGUGUGUAUAUACGAAUAUAUAUAGUUUUUGUUUCUUUUACACAACGGCAUUUAUUUCUCUCCACCCAUAAUUAAUCUCUAGUUGAUAGUCAAAAACGACGGUUUUUGAUUCGCGGCUUGUUCUGUGGCUAACAACAGUAUUGAUGAGAGCAGCUCAGGGGUCGGCUUUGUGCUUCCAGGCCAUGGACUGAGCAGCUUUUCUCCAACCUGAGGGUUUGCUAGCUUUCUGGCUGGACUCAUUAGAAUAUAUAUCCACUCUUUUGGACUGGAGACCAAAAUUGUGCUGGAUCGGGUUUUUUUGGACACCAUGUUCUGGAUGCUCGGCUCGGUUUCCGAUUGGAUCUGAAGGGGGGAAAUAAUAGAACAAUCAAGCGGGAUUUCUGUCAUUCUGGACCCCGAGGUUGUAAAAUCCAAGCUGGUGAUCAUGUCUACUGCGAAAGAAAAUCCCUGUAGGAAAUUCCAGGCGAAUAUUUUCAACAAGAGUAAAUGUCAGAACUGCUUCAAACCCAGAGAACUGCAUCUGCUGACCGACCCAGACCUCAACCAGGCGAAACCGAUCUAUGGAGGCUGGCUGUGUUUGGCUCCAGAGGGAACGGAUUUUGACAAUCCGAUGCAGCGGUCUCGGAAAUGGCAGCGGCGCUUUGUGCUGUACGAACACGGCUGCUUGCGCUUCGCUCUGGACGAGUCGCCAAGCACACUACCGCAAGGCACCGUCAACAUGAACCUGUGCACGGAUGUGAUUGAUGCCGAACCGAAGACUGGCCAGAAGAACGCACUGUGUAUCAUCACGCCUGAACAGGAAUACUACAUCCGGGGGGACAACAAAGAACUUAUUAACGGGUGGAGCGAGCAGCUAGUUGUUUAUCCAAGGACCAACAAGCAAAAUCAAAAGAAGAAGCGCAAGGUAGAGCCAACAACGUCUCAGGAGCCCGGUCCGGCCAAAGUAGCUGUGACUGGCUCGGGAAUCCCAGAGGCGGAGAAAGUUCCAGACUCCAGCUCCAUCAUAUGGCAGGAGGAGCUGCAGAGCAGAGAAGCCGAGGUGUCGCAGGCAUGGUCCUCACCAGAUAUGACGCCCCAGGGCUCACUGCUCACUCCUGCAGAGGAAGCAGAUCUGGGCUCUGUCAAUGGAGAUGAGGUGGACCGGAGCGCGUUUUCCUUUUCCCCGUGUAUGUCCCAGCCCCCGCAGGACCUGGUUUCCCCGACCGCAGGCUUGCUGGGUGGUGUUCCCAGGUGCCCAUCGCCCGCCCACAGUGAACCAUUCCCCUCAGGGAGCAGUCUGCUGUCUAACGGCUCGCACAUCAGCGGCUCCAUCAGCUCGCUGGACUCGGACGCCAGCACAGACAGCCACAUGGCGCUUCGAGGACGCACCAAGCCUGAGAAACGCAGGGAGAGACCGGACAGAGAUGCUGUACUCAGCCCAGAGAGGAGCGGGCGCUCGAACGUGAUCGAGAAGCUCAAGGCGCUGGACCUGGAGAACGCCGAGAGGAUGGAGGUGGAGGAGACGGCACGCAGCGAGGCCCGUCAGGGUCGCAGUGAAAUGAGACGCUUCAAUAGACAGGAGCAGAAGUUUGACCAUGGUCUGGACUUCCGCCACUCCACUCUUCCUCCGCUGAGACGAGCCAAGUCGUUGGACCGCAGGACAACGGAGUCAGUCAUGACACCCGACUUGCUGAAUUUCAAGAAAGGCUGGAUGGUGAAACUUGACGAGCAAGGCCAGUGGAAGAAGUAUUGGUUCGUACUGACUGACCACAGCCUGCGUUAUUAUAAGGAUUCGAUUGCUGAGGAGGCAUCAGAUCUUGAUGGUGAAAUUGACCUCAGCACGUGUUCUAAUGUUACAGAGUAUCAAGCUCAACGCAAUUACGGCUUUCAAAUUCAUACCCAGGAGGGAGUGCACACCCUCUCUGCCAUGACAGCAGGAAUACGCCGCAACUGGAUCCAGGCUGUAAUGAAAAAUGUCCGACCCUCCACAGCGCCUGAUGUUGCGAGUCUGACAGAUGAACACGGCUCCUUCAGCGCUUUGGAGAGCCUCACGCGACCCGACGUCACUCAGGACUCGGCAUCGUCCGAGGCCUCGUCUGCGGAGCGCGAGCCGAGGAAGAGCCGGGCACGUGAGCGCCGACGCGAAGGACGCUCCAAAACCUUCGACUGGGCCGAGUUCAGACCGAUCGCCCAGGCCUUGGCUCAGCAGCGAGCCCACGAAGCCGACGCUUUCCAGGCGCAGCUGAGCGACGCCGAGCGCAGCAAGAGGAGGGAGGAGAGGCGGAGGAGGUACGAGUGCGUGACGGGAAGCUUGACCUUCGAGCCUUCUCCCGACGCUAGCGGGAUCGACUCUGAGAGCGUGCACGCAAUUGCAGGAAGCGACUGUCCGCCCUCGCCUGAGCAUCAACAGAAGGUGGAGGAGGAGAUCGAGCAGCGCUGGCAGCAGGUGGAGAAAACCCCGAUCAGAGAGGAAAGGAGAAUACCGUUGUCUACGGCACUGAGGAGCAGAGAGACGUCUGAGCUCGAAAAACUACUGGAGAGCUACAAAAAGGGGGUAGAAGAUCUGAAAACACAGUUAGAGACGUGCCACCAACAGCUGGUGGAUUCUAACCAGCACAAGCAGGAGCUGGAGAACCAACUCAAGGCUGCUCUGGAUCGAGAGCAUCAGAUCCGCGCCGGGUACAUCUCACCGGAUACAUGCGAGAGAGGCUUCGCUGCCAUGGAGGAGUCGCACCAGAAGGUAAUCGACAAACUGCAGAGGAAACACCAGCGGGAACUGGAGAACCUGCAGGAGGAGAAGGAGCGACUGUUGGCUGAGGAGACAGCAGCCACCAUCGCCGCUAUCGAAGCUAUGAAGAACGCACAUCGAACCGAGCUGGAGAAAGAAUUGGAUAAAGCACGGAAAGCCAACAACAAUUCGGAAAACGCAGACAUCGAGGAAAUCCGCAGACAACACGAGGAAGAACUGCUGUCAUUUCAGAGGGAAAUCGAAGUGCUCUCAGAGCAAUACUCGCAGAAAUGUCUGGAGAACGCUCACCUGGCACAGGCCCUGGAGGCCGAGAGACAGGCCCUGCGUCAGUGCCAGCGCGAGAACCAGGAGCUUAAUGCACACAACCAGGAGCUGAAUAAUCGUCUGGCUGCUGAAAUAACCAAGAUGAGAUCGAUGACCAGUGAAGAAGCCGAAUCCGGAACGGUCAUUCAGGGAAAGGAGCUGUACGAGCUAGAGGUCAUGCUGCGGGUAAAGGAAUCAGAAGUUCAGUAUCUGAAGCAGGAGAUCAACUCAUUAAAAGACGAGCUACAAGCCGCCCAAAGGGAUAAAAAGUACUCAACAGAUAAGUACAAGGACAUCUAUACGGAGCUGAGCAUCGUGAAGGCCAAGGCCGAGCGAGAUCUGGGGCGACUACGGGAGCAGCUACAGCUAGCCCAUGAGGCACUGGGAGAGCCCACGCCAGAGGAGGUGCAGCGGGGAGGAUACGAUAUCAUGAAAUCCAAGAGCAACCCCGAUAUAUUGAAGAUGGCCGCCGCCGCUGCGAAGCGCUCCGAGCGUACCAUGAGAUCAAAGGAGAAAGCCUGAGUCUGAAGGAAGGCUUGACAGCCGAGCAAAGACUCCACUUGUUUGACAACAAGGACACGAAGGAGUUUUGAAACGUGACGUCUCAGCCCGGCUUCGAUGCAUGUUUAUAGAGGUCCACCAUAUUUUAUUCCAGUAAUUAAUCACUUAGAAACACACUGGUCACGGCACACAGCAUAUUCUAAACGUGGUAUGAAGUUUUAUGUCUCUACUCAUCUUUGUGCACUUCAGUUACUGUGAUGUUUUUUUUCUUUUUUUCUUUUUUUAAAUCAUCGUCUUAAUGUAAAUAGUUGUUUUUAAUGAAGCAUCUAUUAUUCCUACACUAAACACGACCGUGUCAGCUACUGUUUUAACUCUAGUGUGUGUGAAUAGCCAGCAGACGGAUACGUAUCUAAACGAGUUCCACUUAAUAAAGAGUAGAAACGAUCGUUCCUGCAGACGUGCUUGUUAUGCUAGACGCGCUUCUGCACAUUUCCCUCCAGCUUCCUGUUGAUUCUUACUCAAUCGCACGGCUGAAGAAAAAAAAAAAAAAAAAAAACACAAAAAAAGGAGAGAAAGACUCUACUUGAUACCCGGAAGUGUUGGUUCCUACAUGGAUGAGGAUUACUGAAUGUCGACCAGUUUAAAGGCAAAGUGUUUGUAUCUGGAGGGCUUUUGGUUUUGGUUUUCUUAGUGUAAAAUAUAAAGAUUUCUAUAGGGGGUUCUUUAUGUAAUCAUGGUCAAUCCACUGAUUGGGAGUUUUUUUUUUUUUUUUCGUUUUUUUGUUUUUUCCCUUCUGUCUUUGCCCUUCCAUCAUAUGUCUGUAGUGAUGUCCAGUCACAGUCUCUUGUAUUUAUUUAAAUGUCAUGUUUGUUUGUUUUUUUUUUUUUUGCCUCAAAAGUCCAUUCCUGUAUACGUUGCUAUUGUAAAUAUACCACAAAUGUACACCGACUGACAACAGGUUUAUUAGCAAUAAAUAUUUUUGCACCCUG